AUGUCGUCGUCCACCGCCCCCGAGGCCAACCCACCGAGGACAUUGAGAAAGGUCAAAUCGCGAAAAGACGCUUUGAACAAGGCCAUCAACGAUCACAACACCCAAGAUUCUGCAUUGGCUCCUCCUCUUCCGUGGACGGGUUCAUACCAACCGCCUACCACAGCUCCCACUUCAACCUCGAUCUCGUCCUUGAACCUGAACCUGAACCCAAACCUGGAGCAACAACAACAACAACGAAGACCGGACUCGUACUCGAACUCCCACCCUGCGUCGAACUCCAACUCCAAUCUCAACUCGAAGUUGAAAGGACGACCCUCAACGGCCGACCUCCGAACCCAGAAAUCUAAAUCUAGAUCUCAAUCUAGGUUGAUUCCUCAAACUCCGGCGAACGGGAACCGGAACCAGAUCGAGAUCGAGUGCGGUCCGAUAUCGACCUCCGGCUCGAAUAAAGGCGUUAUAUCAGGAUCUGGAUCUGGAUCUGUAUCUGGGUCUAGCGAUACCAAUAGCAAUAGCAAUAGCAAUACCAAUAGCAAUACCAAUAUCAAUAGCGAUGGCAAUACCAAUAGCAUUAGUAUCAGCGAAACCCUUGAAUCUGGCUCAAGCGUUGGAUCUGGAUUGGGGUCUGGGUCUGGCCGAGCGUUGGCUCGCUCAGGUUCCCGAUCCAGACUAGGAGUAGGCAAUAAGAAAGCUCAAGGUCGAUCGCAUGAGGUGUUUGAUCUCGCUGCGAUCCAAGCGCAACGGGAAGCUCAAGGGCAAGGUCGAGGGGAAGCUCAAGGGCAAGGUCGAGGAGAAGGUCAAAAGGAAGGUCGGGCAGGUCGAGGGGAAGGCGAAGGUCGAGCAGGGAGAGCUGGGAGAGCUGGGAGAGGUGGUGUGAUAGAGGAUGGUCUGCUUUCGCCAUCCUCUACAUCAACAUCUACGUCCACCAUAUCCACUUUGGCAUCCACUUUGGCUUCGACUUCUACAUCCACACCGACAUCGGUAUCGACGGCGACGGCGACACCGAGAUCGAAUUCAACUUCCAUGAUGUCUUCCAUGUCGACUUCGACCUGGACGGGCGGAUCAGGGCCUUCGGGUUAUAUUUCCCGGUUCGGUUAUCACAACCCAAACCCCACCAACCCCAACUCUAGCAAUUCCAAUACCGGCAACAAAAACAAUUAUACCAACCCCUCCUUUUAUGUCACCGGCUCCAACCCCAACUCCAACUACACCAACGCUAACUCCACCUCCAACUCCAACUCAAACUCAAACAGCGGCAACAACAUUCCCAAGCUCAACACCAGCAACAACAGAACCGGUACCGCAGGCUACAACCACGGUACCGCUGGCUAUAACACCUCCACCAAUAGCACUAGCACGGCGUUUCAUAGGAAGCCUCCUAAGAAAGGACCGGAACGGCGGGAACUUGGGGUGGGGAGGCAUUUGAGGUUCGAGCCGGAAGCCCCGAUCAUGCCAGACCCCGGGGCCUUUCAUAUGAAAGACCGGGUGGAAUCGCUCGCCAAACGGAUCUUGGGCCAAGCUAGGCUCGUCCUCGAUGGUUUUGCCGAGGACCAACAUCGAGGUCCGAGACGAGUCCAGCACCCGGAGCUCGUACCGGCUUUCCGGUGGGCGGUCCCGUUCUCACCGCAUUCGACGGAAGGAGCUUAUAAGAACGAUGACGACGUGGACGGGCGUCAAGCGAGAGGUCCGGGGCCGAAGCAGGAGGAAGAAGAGGAUCAUAACGAGCGACCAAAAGGGUUUUUCCUUCCUGCCGGGUUGGACAAGCUGCAUCGAGAUAUGGAGGGCAAGGAAGAGGCUGGGUUGGCGGGAUGGGUGAAGGAGACGACGAGGUACCCCAGAGGAGCGGAAGGAGCGGGAGGGAAGGAGAAGCAAAAGACUGGGUCUUUCAAGUUUGCCGAGUUGCCGGACUUGUUCUCGAGGGCCCACCACCUUGCCGCCCAAUCCAACGGGACCCUGAUGAUCGUCACCAUGCACCGAUCCUCCGACCCGGCAGACCUCUUGACCGACGUCUACGUGACUCCAGGAAUGUCCGUCGACUGUGCCCAGCUGGGCGAAGCCGCGGUCCAAUUCAAGGACAACUUUGAUCACCUGUUGAAUCCGCAACGGUGGUGGACGAACCCGGGCAAGGGGAACCCCGAGUAUACGUGCGAGAUGGAGCGGGUCGUCGUCGAUCCGCUUGAUCCGCAGGAUGGGUGGCAGAGGGGUAUGGCCGGGCGUCAUCGGGCGGUCCUCGAGGCCGUCUUUCAUGGCCGUCCGGCAACCGUUCCUCAUUUCGUUUAUCCUUCGCAAAGACCAGGACCGAAAGCUGCUAUCAUGACAGACGGCGAUCUGAGCCAGAUCGUCUCGUUCCUGAUUCGCUCCAAUCCGGGAGGAGUGACCCAUCCCUUGGGCAGCCAGAGGGACGACGAGGUCUCGAGACGUUACCAAGCUCGGUUUCGCAGUCAUCAGCCGGCUGGUCCGUACUUGUACGAAGGGGCCAGCAAGGUCGCCGAAGGGACGGAUGCGAGGGAUGCGGGAUAUGACGCGGUCUGGCUGCCACUUUCGUCUACAAACUGGAUUCUGAAAAGGGGCAGAUCUCCUCGACGGUUCAUACCUCUUGGCAAUUCUGGCCGUUGCAUCAACAUAAUCUGA